AUGGCCACUGGGCAGGCACCUUCCUGGCCGACGCCGCCGUGCUCACCACGUGCGCCGCGAGAGCUGCUGGGCCUGCUGCUGUGGCUGUGCCAGGCUCGGGCGGUGGGCCCCGAUCCGCAGACGGAGGCCUACGCCACCUUCCUGGAGGGCGUCCUGCAGAUCGAGCAGGGCGUCGGCCGCGGGCCGCCUCGGCCGAGCAGGCCGCUGCCGCAGGGCCUCGCGCUCAGCAAGUACGGGGACGGCGUCUGGCAGGUCCGCGUCGGCGAGCACGACGUCGUGCUCGCGCAUGCCGAGGUCAUCGGCGCCGCGGGCGGCAGCGUCCUGGAGGGCGGCGCCUGGACGGCGGGCGGCCGGGGCGCGAGGGCGGUCUUCCGCGAGCUGAGGCUUCGCGGGGGCGACGAGCUCCUCGUGCUGGUGGGCGCGCGCGGCGGCGACGGGGAGGGCGCCCGGGCGGGAGCGGGCGGCGGAGGCGCGUCGCAGAUCCUGCGGCUGUCCGCGGGCGGCGAGCGCUGCGACCUCGUGAUCGCGGCCGGCGGGGGCGGCGCCGUGCUGGCGAGCGAGGGCGGAUCCGCGGUGGGGCGCGCUGGCUGUCCGACCGCGGGCGUGGAGGGGCCGCUGACGGGGGAAGAGCUCCCCGAUGGCCACGGUGGCAGCGGGCAGGAGGGCGGCGGCGCCGGAGGCGGCGGCCUGGCGUCUGCAGGUCGGGGCGCUCCAGGGGCCGGGGGCGGGCGCCUGCUGGACUGCCGCCGUGCCCGCCUCUACUACGGCGGGGCCGCGGGGGGGUCGCCGGUGCCGAGGCUGGUCGAAGGGGCCGCUUGCGGGCGGGCCGUGGUGGGCGCCGUCGAGCGCACUUCGACGAGCGGCGAGUGCAAGUGCUCGGACGCAGGCCACGUGCUCGUGCCCGCCCGGGGCGCACAGUCUGGCGGACGCUCGGGCUGCCCGGCCGCGGGCAGGCGCUACUUCCCUGCAGAGCCGGCCGCAGACGUGGAGGGGUGCAAGUGCGGGUCGUUGGAGCACAUCGGCCGCCUUGGGGACUCGAAAGCCGCCUGCGGACGUGCCGUGACGGGCGCCAUGGAGCGCAGCUCGAACAGCAGUGAGUGCAAGUGCUCGGGCGCGAGCCACGUGCUCGUGCCCGCCCGGAGCGCGCAGCCUGGCGGACGCUCGGGCUGCCUGGUCGCGGGCAGGCGCUACUUCCCCGCAGAGGCGGGAGCAGGCGUGGAGGGGUGCGAGUGCGGCGAGCUGGAGCAGCUCGGCGGCCUGGGGGACGCCGACGCGGGCAGUGCCUCUGGCGGCUUCGGAGGCGGCGGAGCCGGCGGCCUGACGAAGGAAGGCUGGACUGGACGGGCUGGAGGCGGCGGCGGCGGCGGCGGUUAUUGCGGCGGGGAUGGAGGUGACAGAUCGGCGCGGUCCGGGAGCGCUGGCACCAGCUUCGCCAGCAGCUCUUUGGAAACGCGCGUCGACUGGGACACUGCGGUUGGGACGUCUGGCGGCUUGGUGCGGGUAGUUUUUCGGUGCGUGCCCGGCUACGAACGAAACCGAGGGAUCGGCAUCUCGAGUGGCUUGGCUUCGAUGUGCAAGCAGUGCGAGAAAUACCAUUACUCGACAGAUGGAUGGGCUUGCCUCUUUUGCCAGGGCGUAACGGAUGUGACCGUCGGGGCCACCACUUGCAGCACUACGGGCGAAAAGUUGUGUCCUAGGGGCUAUGAGAAUCAGAAUGGCACGUGUGGGCCAUGCAGCAUCGGAUGGUUUUCCGACGACGACAGCCUGCGUUGCAAGUCAUGCAAGGAUCCAGCCGUCGUAGUCAGCCGGUCUCCGGAGAACCUCACCACCCUGACCAAGGGCUCCACAUCCUCCACAGAGUGCGUUUGCGACAUCGCAACCGUUUACGACCAGGACAAGCGGAGGUGCAUCGCGUGCCCAGACGGCCUGGACUGCAGCAGGAAGAAUUUGUCGCUGAGCGCCGUCUCGUCGAUGCCCGGAUACUACAGGCACGACGGGAUGCAGCUGUCGGGGCCCAGGCCAUGUCCGAACGCGAAGGCUUGUCUUGGGGACCAGCGGUGCGCGCCGCUGCACGAGGGGCCCCUGUGCGCAGUGUGCUCCGCAGGAGCCUUCACGAGCUUCAGCGGCUUAGACUGCGUCGAGUGCGACAGAGAGGAGAGGAUCUUGUCUAUCGUGUACGUGUUGCUGGCACUGGGGGCGGUCGUCGGCUUUGCUUUGGCCGUGGCCGCUGCUACUCGGGGGAGGUGGUCUGCCAUGGUGGCGCGGUACUCACACCACUCCAGAUUCUCCAAGCAACUCGUCAUCGUGCUGGUACUCUACUGCCAGCUGCUGAGCACGGCGACAGUGCUGCUCAGGUUCGAGCACCCCGAGCAACAGUCGCGGGACGAAACGCUGGAGAUGUUGAUGGUCGAAUUCACCGAGUGGUUUUCUGCUGUCAUGUCCCUGGACACCGGGGCCCUCAGGUCGUAUCUGUCCGCUGUCCGCCCGGAGUGCUGGCUCCCGAGCAUGACGGGCCUGCACUUGCAGGUGCUCGUCCCCGUGGGCACCCCCCUCGUGCUCUGGCUCCUGGUCCCUUGUGCCGCUUGCCUCCUGCAGCUGCUGCCAGACGGGGCCCGGAACUACCGGUCGAGGCGCGGCCUGGCCGCGUUCGCGCUCGCGUGCCUGGAGAUCACGUUGGUGGGGAUCCUGCGGCCCAUCAGCGGCAACCUCAGUUGCGACACGGAAGGGUUCGCGGGGGAUGGUUUUCUGUUCGUCGACUACGGGUUCCAGUGCGAGCAGCGGGUGCCAGGCAAUUUCAAGGACGGCGCGGGCGAGGUGACGGCGUCGUACCACUUGCUCCGCAUAGCUGGUCCUUGUGCCAUCGGCCUCCACCUCUUGUGCGUCGGCGUCAUGAUGACAGCGCUCUUCCAGUCCUACAGGAACGAGAUAAGGAGGCACUCGGCCUUGGUGUCGAGGGCGGACCUGAUAGAGGAGCCCGAGGACUUGUUGACCAGGCGAAGGGCCAGAGCGACUGUCAAGUCGUCGCAGUUCAAAGUAUUUCCGAGCGAUUCGCGCAAAGCGUUCGAAUACGCAGCAGUUAGUCUUGACCACAGAGGGCUGCACUCACGACCUGGUCUGCAGAGACGCAGGCGUGCUGAGCAGCACUAG